AUGAGCAAAUCUCCAUUAAGGACUUAAUCUCAUUCUACAGCUACUUUCAUUCAAGAUGAAUAGAAAUAUUCAACUUCCAAACAUAAUAGUAUUCAUCCAACUCUUUAACCUUAAAUUUAUAACUAAUAUGAAGAAUUGAGAAUAUUCAAAUCAAAAUGUUAGGAAUAAGACAAAAUUAUAGAAAAUCAAUAUUUACAAAUUAAUGAAAUGAAGUAUUAAUAUCAUCUUUUAUGUAGGCAAUUCAUUUCAGAUUGUUAAAUCAGUUUGAUUCAUUUUAAAUAAUAAUUAGAAGAUUAAUUGUCUAUUAAAGAAAACUAUGAUAAAGAACUUAGACAACUAAAUUAAUUGGUAGCUUCAUUAAAAUCAGAAAACUAACAAUUAAUGUUAUUGUAUAAUGAUAAGAAAAAAGAAUUAGAUGAACUUACUUCCAAUAAUUAACUUAUUAUUAAUGACUUUAACAAAUAAUUUGAAAAUACACUCAAGGCUCGCAUUGAAAAUGAUAUCAAAGAGAUCCACAAUAAAUACCUAAGGGUAUGAGUCUUAGUCAAGCCUAUAGGAAAUCCAACUGUUAAAGGCAAAACUCUAUGAAUAAGAAAAACUAGUUCAAAAUUAAGAAGUCAUUCGAUUAUUGUAAAAGAAAUGCGAAGAAUUAUUACAAGGAAUUGACUAAAAAAAUAAUUAUAUAGAUGAUUUACUUCUUAAAUAUGGUGAAUUGGAUGAAAAAUAUGAAACACUUAAAAAGUAAAUGUCAUUAAAGCUUUAUGAAGAAGAUAUCUUAGAUGAUAUAUAGAAAUCUAAAUUUAAAAAAAGUUGA